GUAAGUUCCUAAAUAAUUACCUGAGUAUUUUGUCCUAAUGCGAAAUUAUCCACUUCUCGAAACGUGUUCAUAGGCAGUAUGAAAUAUGCCAAAUCUGUAACUUGGGAAUACAAGAUGUCAUUACCCAAAGGGUGUGUGUGAAUGAGCUCAGCAAAGUGCAGUGUGUUAUUACCUUAUUCAUAAAAGACUAACAAAAUUUGGAAUGGCUUCAAAGGCUAGUUCAGGUAAGGAGUGCCUAACAUCUGAUUUCAAUAGCCCAAAAUCAGUAAGACGUCAGUCACGGAAGAGGAGAGGACGAAAAAGACGUCUUGAUCCAAAUCCUAUAUGGGAGAAUUCCAUUAAGUACAGUGAAGGAUCAGAUUCAAGUCUGGACGAAGCUUUGAAAGAUUACAUGGAAAAUGUUUCAUCACAGCAACAACAUCAAAGUGACUCUGGAUCAGAUGAUACAACCAUGAUGAAACGUUUAUCAUCUCUCAAUAUGACAUCAUCAAGUAACCUUUAUGGUGAAUCAGACUCUGUCACAGAAAAUCACACAAUGCUCAAGAAAACUGUCAAUAAACGGAAGAAACGUUUCAAACGUAUGGAUGUGGAUUCAAUACCAUCAAGUUCAGGUUGUAUGGUCCGUAGCUCAUCUAUGCCAGAUUUUGUGCCAGAAAUUUUCCACAAGCGCCCUCGUGUCAAGAAAGUGCGUCCAAGGAAACUUGAUAAGACUGAUGAUGCAUCGCAGAUGAAAGGGGAGUUUGAAUUUGAUAUUCUUCUUGCUAAAUCCACAAAAACUGGUAACAAACUGAAAUCUAAGUUAAACCCAAUGGACCUAUCUCAGCCAAGGGAAGAAUGUAAAGCAAUUACUGAAGGCAAAGAAGUGUGCCCCAGGAAGCAGGAUAAAGAAGGAACUGAAGCCAGUGCUGUGGUUGGUAGUCCUGUAUCAAAGGAAAGAACUAGAUCAUCUAGCUCUGAUGGGGCAACAUCUACAGAAGUUGCAGAGGGUAAAAAUAUGGACUGCUCUAGUAAUGAUAGCGAUGUUACCAUGAGACAACCAUUAACGCCAAAGAAUGAGGAAUUAAGUAGCAGUUAUAUGUCAUCUAGUGAUGAAGAUGAAGAUGAAGAAGAUGAUGAUGGUUAUACAAAUGAUGAAGGAAGAGAAGGUGAUGAUGAGCAGAGUGAUUUCUUUCAUGAGCCAGGGAAUGUAUCGGGUAUACCUACCGUGGUACCUUGGUGGGAUAGUAAGACGAUAGAGGAAUACGAGCAGGAUCAAACCUUUAACAGCAUCCUCAGUGGUAGCCUUCAGCAUCUAUCAAAGCCAACACAGAGAUCUUUUCAUGCUAAACUACGAGGUUGUCAUGGCUUAGAGGAGCCUUCCAUCAUGAGAGGUUGCAGACAAAGGCUUAAAGCUAAGAGGUUAAAGAAAUCCAGCAUGGCAUCUUUCAAUGAGAAGAUAGUUCGCUUUCUUCACAAUCCAUUUGAACAAGAGCUUAGUCUUCAUUCAACCAAAUCAAGAGAAAGAAACCAGAUCUUCCAGCUGGCUUCCAUGUAUGCACUGGAUGUUAGAACAGAGGGAGGCGGACAAAAGAGCAAGUCAAUCUUAACAAAGACUAGGCAUACCGUCAUGAAUUAUCAGACAGGCAGCAUGGAGAAUGAUGCCGUCAUCAAAUCUCGCCAGUCCUUCUACCCACAGAUUGCUAAACGCAGACGAAGGUCACCCCCGCCUGGAGUUACAUCUACAGUUGCUGUGGGAGCGGAGGCUGAACCUUUAUCCUCGUCCAGUGUUGGGAGUCGUAUGCUGCAGAGCAUGGGCUGGUCACCAGGAUCUGGACUAGGAGCACAGGGAGCAGGCAUACGAGAACCAGUCCAGGCUUACAUGAGACCUAAAAAUAGGGGCUUGGGUUAUUGUAAGCCUAAGUAAGACUUUAUUAACUCUUUAUAUGCUACACACAAUAAUCUCCCAGUACCACAUUGUAUUCAUCAUAACUGUUGCCAGUGCGAUUUGUAUUACACAAGAUCAUGAGGUACAAAUCAAGGUAAUUGUGAUUAAUAGAAUGUUACAGAGAAUGUUAUUCAUUAUUUGAGUAAAGGAAAUAGUUCACUUUUAUUGCUGGGACUUAAAUAACUUCAUGCUUUAAAUUCUUGAAAGCUUUUAUAGUGAAUUAGGAACUUUUCUAAUGAACUUCUACUUGGUUUUGACAUUACAAAAAGAAAACUCUUUGUAGGAAUGCGCUUAUUACAUGAAAUGAAUGUUAGAUAGUUCCUUGAACUUAUCCUAAUCUUAAAUAAUUCAUAAAAUAGUGUGUGGCUACAAUAGUCAACUGUGACUGAUUGCCAAACAAAAGCAAAUCAAGAAAGAAAGAUGAUGUAACUCAUGGUUGACAUUUAGUUCAAAUAUUUAGGAUGAUGUAGCUAAGCUAGAAUACCUCUUCUGAUGCUAUGUUUUUUUUUACAGUUAAAAUUCACUAUGUAGUAGUCAAUAUUCUUUUUUGUCAAUUUCCAUUACCGGUAGUUGUGACUUCAAGUGUAUGUGGAAAUGAGGAUGUUGAAAUGAUGAGAUUAGUUUUAUUCGGUGCUCUCGAUAUAAAGUUUUGAAAAUGAUAUUAGAUAUUUGUGCAAUAUAUUAUGAAUAUUGAUAUUAAUGUUUCAUUUCUUUCUCCUGUGCAAUCAUGGCUUUUAUAUGAAACACAUUGCAUUGUAUUGUUAAAGAACAAUGAACUUGAAGAAUAUAUUUCUUUUCCUCUUUUUUAUGAUAAACCUUGCAAAUGGAAGACAAUUAUCAAUUUUAUUACAUUUUUAUCUGUGAGUGGACCCUUCAGAAAUUAAUUUUUUUAAUUGCCUUCAACCAAGCUGUAGAAAUGUAUGAAUUUUCUUUUUAAACACUAGAUGGUGCUGAAACAUGAGAAUCAUUUAUGACACAUUGAUUCACCACUUCAGGUUUUAUUUCUUCAGUGAAUAUUAUUUGAAAAUACUUAACGGUUUAUUUCUUGCCAAGCUUCUUUUUGUCAGUAAGUCCAUCGAUAUUAAUUAUUCCAAGAUAUUUAUAUCCAUGUAAACCCUACAUGUGAAACAAAGUCAACAACAAAAUAACAGUAAAGAGGUAUUUAUUGAGCAUGAUAUAUUGGUAACAAAUACGACUUGUUUGAGCUAGUAGAUUGGUAUGUAUGGAAGAGGUAAGUGCAUGAAGCAAUAUAUAUAUAUAUACUUGGUGAAAUGGGUAAAGGGUAUCACCUCAUAUGUCAAUCUAGUCAUGUAAGUAUUGAUAUACAAGGCAUACAGAUUACAUCUAUCACAGCCAAGGAAGGGUCUUUUAGUCAUGUAUGUCAUAUUUUUAUAUUGUGAAUUUUUACAAAUGUUGAGCCUCUUUGUUUAUACACUCUCCUGUGAUCAGAUAGCUUAAAUUCUGGCCAAACUGCUACAACUCUUUACAUUAUAGCGUGUUAGAAGCUAGAAAGGGCUGUAUUAAUCAUUUUUUUUUAUCAUUCUUGUUUAUUAUAUCAAGAGUAUGAUCAAAUUUUUAUAAAAUGUAGUCAAACAAGCCCCAUAAAAACCUCUAAUUACUCUUUUUAGAUAUUGGAAAUGUAUAUAUUUUGAUGCCCAGAAAACAAAUCUGUUAAAAACUGUAUAUCAUGUACAGUUAAUAUUCAGGUACCUUCAAUUUUGAAAUUCUAUUGUUUACUCUGUCUCUUUCUAAUUUGAUAUGGGUUUUUUUCGCCCCUUCCCCUUCUCUCUCUUUCUCUCUCUCUCUCUCUCCCUUGUCCUUCCUUCUCUGUAAACAGGCUUCUCCAUGUUCAUUGUAAAUGAUUUCAUUGUAAAUGCUUAACUAAUGUUAAAGUCAUGUGUGUGAAAUAUAUCAGUGAAUUCAAUGAAGUAACUUGAUGAUUAACAAA